AUGAGUAAAACGAUUGCAAUCAGAAUCCCCACCAACAGACAGUUGAUUUUUUUAGUAGCAUGUUUAGCGGUUGAGCAAGGAUGGAGCUCUUUGAGACUAGAACUACACAAACUAGGAUUUGCCAUCAGGCCUGACACAAACAACUUGGUAUUUGUCAAACGGGGGCAAAACGAGUGCGGUCCCACACAGUAUCACUUCCAACCCCAACCCAACUCAAGCUCUACCUUACUCUGCCGCCGCCCCGAAGACCGAUGGAAUUUUCCUCAACCCAUAUUUGUGAAGCUGGUGGGGAAGGAUGAAGAGGAAGAGUUCCUCCUUGAUGAAGACGUUGCGUGCUAUGCCCCUGUCACCCUGUACGGCGUCCCUGGCCAUAGAAGACCAUUCUCACAGUUUGAGGAGCAUCAGCCCUUGCAUAAGGAUAUGCUUAAGAGCUUCCCCAAGUGGAACUAUGAUGGGUCUAGCACAGGCCAAGCUCCUGGAGAAGACAGUGAAAAAAUCGAUAGCGAAACCACACCGGAUGAGCUGUCGAGAAUUGCUCAAAAAAACAGUAGUCAACAAGGCGCGAGAAGAGGGAAAUUAAACAACAUCACUAAUGAAGAAACCAAGAUAUGGAAUUUGAGGUCUUGGAAGCUAAUUGAGGCUUCACCAAGUGAAAGCUACUGGGGUCCUGGCAAGAAAAUUCAGGCCGACCAUACCAUCAAUCUUCUCGCUGUUACCCCGACUUGUUUGGACGAAGAGAGUGAUGGUUUUUAUGAUAUUGGAAUUGGUGAAACAGGAUUGGUGCUGGGCUGGAUAUCACCUCAGAAAAAUGCCGCUCAUUAUUUUGGAGUAACAAGGAUGAAAGGACAAGAGGCAGUGCAAAUGGCGAUCGAUAAGCUCUUGGAGAUGCAGAAGCAGCAAUUCGAGAAGAAGAGGCAUGAAUCAUCCCAACUCACCAAUCCUCAUAACCCUAACCUCUCUCUUUUUCUCUCUGAGCACGACCGAAGUAUCACUUCCAACCCUAACCCACUCAAGAUCAACCCUACUCUGCCGCCGCCACGUAGACCGAUGGAGUUUUCCCAAACCCAGAUUUGUGAAGCUGGUGGGUUCGAGAAAUCACUAUCGUGCCAGCUCCGCUUCCGUAUUCAGAUUGACGAGUUCCUCCUUUAUGAAAACGCCCCUGUCACCCUGUACGGUGUCCCUGACCAUAGAAGAACUUUCUCAUGGUUCGAGGAGCAUCAGCCCUUGCGAACGCCAUCUCUGCUUAUGUUCUUCCCAAGUGGAACUAUGAUGGGUCUAGCACAGGCCAAGCUCCAGGAGAAGACAAUGAAAAUUGGCCAAAAAAAUAGUAGUCGACAAGGCGCGAGAAGAAGGAAAUUAAACAUCACUGAUGAAGAAAACCAAGAUAUGGAAUUUGAGGCAUCGGAAGGCAAUUGA